AAUAAAAUAAAGUAAAGAAGGCUGACAUUUUCAGUUCAGACGGUGAGCUGCGACGACGAUGAAGCAAAAACAGAUUCACCGGACUGCGACGUUCGCGUGGUCACCAAAUUCAUGUCUUCCACUCAUCUCGACGGGCACAGUCUCAGGCGCGCUCGACGAGUCCUUCUCAAAUGAGUCCCAACUCGAGAUCUGGAAACCGGACUUUAUGGACAAAGACGAGUACGCUCUCGGCGCUGACUUGCAUUCGCAACCUGCAGGAGUUGUAAAGGAUACGUCCAGGUUUAACCGUAUUGUAUGGAGCCAGGCGCACAAGGACAGAACGUCCGGUGUCAUUGCCGCCGGUAUGGAAAACGCGGAGCUCGUCCUCUGGGACCCCGCCAAAAUCGUCGAGUCUUCAGAUGCCUCCACAGCCCUCAUCCUUCGUAACACGAAGCAUACUGGUCCCGUUCGUGGUCUUGACUUCAAUCCUAAACAAACGAACCUUCUUUGCUCGGGUGCCGUCAAUGGCGAGAUUUACAUAUGGGAUCUCAACGAUCCUUCGAAACCAUACUCCCCUACCCCAGGAUCCCGCAGUAAGAAGGUCGACGAAAUCACUUGUGUUACAUGGAACCAACAUGUCCAGUCCAUCCUCGCUGGUGCCAGCAGUACCGGCUACACUGUCGUGUGGGACCUCCGCCAGAAUCGCGAGUUGGUUGCCCUUGCGUACGGCGGAGGUACAGGUACCCUCGGAGGUGCAGUUGGUAGUGCGAUGGCGGUAGGCGGAAGGAGGGGUAUGAGCGCAAUCGCAUGGCAUCCGGACGUCGCCACCCGACUGGUUACCGCGUCGGAAGACGACAUUUCUCCUGUUGUCAUGGUCUGGGAUCUGCGCAAUGCUCGCGCUCCGGAGAAGAUCCUUACAGGACAUGAGAAAGGCGUGCUAUCACUUUCGUGGUGCAAACAGGACGCAGAUUUGUUACUUUCUUGCGGAAAGGAUAAUCGUGUACUCUGCUGGAAUCCGCAAACCUCGGAAGUUAUUGGCGAGCUCCCGUCUGAGGACAACUGGGCGUUCCAUGUCGAAUGGUGCCCUCGCAACCCCGAUCUCCUUGCCGCAGCAUUCUUCUCCGGGACAAUCGGUAUCCAUUCUAUCCAAUCCACAGAUGGACCUGCCACCAUCCCACCUACGCCCAAGGCCUCUGGAGCUUCAUUGUUCGACGACCUCGCGUUUAUGCACUCAAAUGCCGGUCUACCUAGCCUAAGCCUCAAGCAACCCCCAAAAUGGCUCCGUCGGCCUGUUUCGGCCUCAUUUGGCUUCGGAGGACAACUUGCGAGCGUGUGCAAUUUGCCAGAUGCGCAAGGCGGCACGCAGAGCAGCACCCCGCACGUUCGUGUCGUGUGCACCGAGAAAGUUGUCGUGGAGCGUGUUAAGAACUUGCGCAAGGCAGCAGGGGAUGGGGAUCUGGAGAAUUUUGCUCAGGAGGUACAGGCGGAUGUGCAGCAGCAUGGCGACGCGCGUGCGGCGGAGACCUGGAAGGCUCUACUCAGCUUGUUCCGUGCCAACUCGCGAGAUGAGCUUGUGACGUUAUUGGGCUACUCAAAAGAAGAGGUCAAAGCGCGUGUGGCAGAGGCCGUUGCACAUCUAAAGGAGAUGCAGCAGCAGCAACCUCAAACUGAGCAAUCUGAAGAGGGCAGUUUGGAGCAGCGUGUGCAUGAACCCGUCGUGUCGUUUGCAGAACCGGAGCAUGAUAUAGAUGGCGAACAAGAGACCGAGGAGAAGACCUCGUCGGAAGUGAGCACGUCGGACCUACUUCCCCCAGACGGCGAGUCUACAACGACUGCACCAAGUCUGUUCGGCGACGAUCCAGUCGGGACGUUCCACAACGACGCAGGUGCCGACUUCUUCAGUACGAUGGCAGCUGCCCCUCAGGACGAUUCACAAGAUGCUCCUCUUGCUGUCCCUCAUACUAACUAUGGCGUGGACUCGAGCGUGGCGGCUACAGUCGGGUCCGGUCCGUCGAGUGUCGCGAGUGCAUCCGAAUCGCUCACUUUGCGUGGAAACACCUUCCGAAUCUAUCCUGCUGAGGAGAGCGAGACCGAUCAGUUGGUUACCAAGGCUCUGGUACUCGGGGACUUUGAGAGUGCCGUCGAACUCUGCUUGUCAACGGAACGCUACGCGGACGCACUCUUACUCGCCAUUAAAGGUGGCCAGGACCUCCUGCAACGCACGCAGAACGCUUACUUCGCUCGGCAGACAACGGAACACCCGUACCUGCGCUUGUUCCAGAGCAUCGUCACGAAUGAUCUUGCGGACGUAGUGCAGAACGCGGACUUGACCGAGUGGGCCGAAAUUUUUGUUGUUCUUUGCACGUUUGCCAGCAACGACGAAUUUGGUGGACUUGCGGAGCAGUUGGGUGCCAGACUCGAGUUCCAGGCUGGUGUGUUACGCGGUCAGGCUGAGGAUGAUGAUAACGCUGCGAAUUCGUUGGAGUUGAGGAACACGGCCACGUUGACGUAUCUUGCUGCUGGUCGCCUAGAGAGAUUGUUGAAUAUCUGGGUUGAAGAAAUGGCUGAAGAGGAAGCACGGCGCAUCCAUGAAAAAGAUGCUCUCACCGACUCGAGGUAUGCUGCGCACGCGCAUGCCUUGCAAACCUUUAUAGAGAAAGUUACGGUCUUCCGCGGUGCUGUCAAUUACAACGACACAGACAUCUCUACAUCUACCUCGGACGAGCAGGCUGCCAAGGCGUACAAACUCGCAUCACUAUACGACAGGUAUUUCGAGUAUGCAGAGAUGCUUGCUGCGCAAGGUCUUGUCAAGGAGGCCGUCGAGUACCUGAGGCUGAUUCCUCAGGGUUACACGGGGUCUGCGCUGGAUUUCGCAGCUGUCAGGGAGAGAUUGCUGAUUGCUUCUGGAGAGACUGCCGCACCUCGGCCGAUCUCUACUGCGACUCAGAGGGUACCUGCCGUCCCCAUUCAUGCUCCAGUCAAUGCUCGCGUACAGACUCCUGUCCAAGGUGGGAAGUACCUGCCACCUCAACCUGCAUACCAACCCGUGCAACCUACCCAUCAACCUGAACUAUACAAGGGUCCCUACGUGCCUGCGCACACGCUCUCCAGGCCGGCUCUUCUCAGCCAGCCCGCGGUGCCACCCCACACUCGUCCACCCGUCGCUGCCGGUCCUCCGCCGCCCCGUAGCCAAAAUGGCGGUGGCUGGAACGAUGCACCGAUGGUCAAGCCCGCGGAGCGCCGUACGCCUAAUUCUUCCAGCACAUCUAAGCUAGCAGCGAUCGUAUCGCCUUUCCCGAACGCUACGCAGUCGCCACCGACGCCCGGUUCCCCGUUCUCGGGUCAUAACACGGCGCUUCCUCCGCCGCCUCGACCGGCCAGUGUGCAGAAUCGCCCGCCGCCACCCCCACAAGCACGGGCGCCUCCGCCUCCCCAGGCUCGGCAGCCUCCCGGUCCCCCUCCUGCCAGGAUGACGUCGCCAGCACACUCACACCAGCCAUCUACUGCCACCGGGACGGCUUCUCCGUUCAGAUCGCCACCGACGGUGUCUGCUCCACUUGGCCAGCCAAGCGGCCCAUACGCUCGCGCUACUCCUCCGCCAGGUCCAGGUCCCCGUGGGGCAAUCCCGCCACCCCCCGGCCCGUACGCCCGCGUGACGCCGUCUCCUGCCCACGCCGUGCCGCCCUCCGGAGGACCCCAGGCCGGCCCAUAUGCCCCUCCGCCAUCCAGCCAGACAGCACCCGGUGGACCCCCACAACCUGGACCAUACGCCCCUCCACCUCCUGGCCGGGCAGCACCUAGUGGACCAUACGCACCUCCUGGACAAGUUUCUAUGGGUUCCGGUCAUACGUCGUAUGCUCCACCGAUGGCCCAGGCGCCAGCCAUGCGGGGUCCACCACCAACUCAGCAACCAUUGGUUGGUAUGCCACCCCCUUCAGUACAGGGGCCUCCGAGCGGUGGGCCUAGUACCGCUCCUCCCCCUGCGCGUGCUGCACUAUCGCCUCCAGCCCCUACUCAACCCAAGUAUCCACAAGGCGACCGGAGCCAUAUUCCUGAAUCUUCGAUGCAGAUCUACGCCAUCUUGUCUGAGCAGCUUCAGCGAGUGAAGCAGACUAUUCCCUCACAUCAAAGGCGCAUGGCCGACGACCUCGAGAGACGAAUCAACAGCCUAUUCGAUGCGUUGAACUGCGACACCCUUUCAAAAUCCGUCAUAGACCAAUUAAACGAAUUAACGAAGGCCAUGGAAGCGCACGAUCGAGAUGCAGCAUUGGUUAUUCACGUGGACUUGCUGACAAGAGGCUCUCAAACAGACGACAUUGGCCUCUGGAUGUCCAGUAUCAAGCAACUCAUCAUGCGACUUUGAAGUCAGUUUAAUAGUGCGGAUGCGGCGGGAGUUGCGAUACACACAUGCCCACGACACUGUAACAAACUGUGAUACGAAUUUAUCCGAAAUCUUGUUUUGUCGACAAAUACCUAUUUCUGUUUCUAGUCUUGAGAACAUGCGAACGUAAGUAGACCUCUAAGUGUAACAAUUUCAAUCCUAACCAAGAAAACCCUGCGCACAUCCUGGCAAUGAGUGCCAGCAAAUAUACGCAUAAACGCCAAAUAAGCAUAUCCCCGCGGCAUCGUAUUAAACAAAAUCCUCUACCGGUUUUCAAAUUAUCUUGCUGUCGGGUCAUGCUCAGUUCCUCUGUUGGCAGCCCAUGAUUGGGGUCCCUGUACCCCAUUAGAUAUGUUUACGACCG